AUCUCCUCCUCGGCGAAGAAUCUGCUGCUUCAGAGCAUUUAACUUCAUUUUGAGAGAGAGAUUCGAAGCGAUUGCCAGAAAAAUCUUUAAAAAAAUGGGUCGGAGAAUCCUGGGUUUACGUUCUUUAUCUAUGCCUGAGCAGCGAAAUCUGAAAAAAUGUGGCAAAAGUUUGAGUCUUUGUUCGGAAAAAAGCCGUCUUGACGCUUCCUUUUCUGCUUGUGAGGAAAAAGAAAACGCUAGCCCUUUUCUCUGUUUGACCGUCGAGAAACAAGAGCUUGAAAAAUUGGCGAGACAAACGAGGAGAAAUCGGAGGGAACAGUUGGUGGGAGACGUCUGGUUCUUCGCCAAGUGACGCUUGAACCGACGCUAAUCCAUUGCUGUGUUCUUGGUUGAAGGAGAUUAUGUUCUGGAAGGGGAUCGAGUUGCAGAUUUGUCAAGCAGAAUGACUCAGGAAGAGGAGAUUGGUGAGAUUGUGCAGACAGAUAGAUACAACGAGAGUCUAUGUUUAUGUGAUAGCUGACCAAUUUUCAGCCACUGUUUAUGACUCGAGUCACCUAUCUGAAAUCAGAAAACUUCUGGGCCAUGAGGAUCGGACUUUAGUUUGUGGGCAAGGGUUGAAUCUCGAUAAAGAUGAUACACAAACUUCCUGAUCAUGUGGCAUUUGUAUGAACACAAAGACCAAGUCUUUGUGGGGAAAGAUGAUGUAGAAGGCAAGAAAGCAGACAACUUUAUUGCUUUCUUUAUUGAAAAACAUAGCCGCAAAACUAGGAAUCUAUGCCAUACUGCGCACAGUAGGAUUGGUUUUCCCCCCGCAGAAUCAAGAACCCUUUUCUUUCAUUCUUUUGUAUGUUCGAGAUGCGGAUAGAUAUAUAAACCCUAAUGAUGCAUUGCCACGACCAUACAGUUCAGGAGGAGAAAAGCAGAACAGAUAUAAAGUUUAGGUAUAUCUGCAGCAAUAAAGAAGAAGGAUCAUGGCUGCCAGGCAACAGCAACAGAAGAUACAGUACGAGGACUUUGUGCCAAACUCAGAUCUUCAGGACCAACCCGACGCCACUCUUCUCCUCAUCCAUCUUCCUGGUUUUACGAGGGAACAGAUCAAGGUGGCAUACGUGCACGCCACGCGCACGCUGAGGGUCACCGGUGAACGGCGGUUGGAUGGGGCGGCGGACAAGCGAUGGAGCCGCUUCAACAAAGCUUUCCCCGUGCCGGAGAAUUGUCGAGUGGACAAGAUCCACGGCAGCUUCAAGAACGGCGUCCUCAGCAUCACCAUGCCCAAACAGACUCCCUCAAAGGUUCCGGAAGGUUCUAGAACAGAGAAAGAGAUGAAACUUCCAGAGGUUUCCAAGGGUUUGGAGCCUACUAGGGAAGAGAGAAAGACGAAAUCCGAGGAGAAGAAGGUUCCGGAAGAAUCAAGAGGAAGAGAAAGAUUUGGAAAGGUUGCAGAAGAAUCCAAGACUGAGGGGAAAAAGCUUUUGGAAGAAUCUAAAGGGAAAGAGAGACCUUGGAAACUGGAAGAGAAGAAGCUUUUGGAAGAAUCCAAAUCCCAAGAGAAAAAACUUCUGGAAGAAUCAAAGGGGAAAGAGGCAACAGGGACAAUUGAAGAUAAGAAGUUUGCAGAAGAAGAGAAGGAAGUGAAACAGGAGGAGGAGAAAAAGCUUCUGGAAGAACUAAAGGGAAAGUGGAGAUUGGAAGAGAAGAAGCUUCUGGAAGAAUCUAGAGAGAAAGAGAGAAUAGGAGCAAUCGAAGAGAGGAAGCUUUCAGAAGAAGAAGAGAAGAGGGUGAGACAGGAGAAGAAGCUUCUAGAAGAAUCUAGCGGGAAAGAGGCCGCGGAGAGGAAACUUGUUCAAGAAGUUAUUGAUAAAAAACCGGAAGGAGGUUACUUGCUAGAGAAGGAAAAGAAAGGAAAAGGAGUAAUGGAGAAGAUAUGGGGAAAGGAGAAGAUGACAAGUGAGGACAAGAAACUGAUGGUGAAUAUAGGAGUCGCUGCUCUUGUUAUCUUCGCCCUCGGAGCUUACGUCUCUUACACAUUUUCCUCUUCUCCUUCUUCUUCCUCUUCCUCUUCUCCUUCGUCAUCUUCUUCAACGUCUUCUUCUUCGAAACCAGAAUGAUGAUUGAAUGAUGAUGGGAAUAUCUAGCUUUGUUGUAUCUGAAAAAUAAAUAAAAUUUAUAUAAAUGUAACGCUCAUGAAAAUGAUACAGAUAAAAAGAAUUAUAUUACUUGCUUUCAAAAUA